GUUAUGGCGCUUCAGAGUCAAAAGGAACAGAAACAGAGGAAGGAGAUGCUGCUUUUCGGAGGGGAAACCUAGAAGGAUUUUCUCCAUACAAUCUCCAGAUUUGGAGCUGGUUUUACUUCCACAAUUUUCUUCAAAACCUCGUCCACUUUUGUAGAUUCAAGAUGGCAGAGGGAAAUGUGCAAUCGCGGUACGUGAGGUUGACCAAAGAUCAGGCGCCGGCGGAAGAUAUCAAUCCCGGAGAACUCAAUCAACCCAUUCAAGUCCCUCAGCUAAUUGUUCAUAGAUGCCCUGAAUGUCAACAACCUUUACCUGAGAGUUAUGAGCCACCAGCUGAUGAGGAUUGGACUUCCGGAAUUUUUGGUUGUGCUAAAGAUACUGACAGGUGCUGGACUGGUCUCUUUUGCCCGUGUGUGUUGUUUGGGCGUAAUGUUGAAACAUUGAGGGAGGACAUUCCCUGGCAGAAUGCAUGUGUGUGUCAUGCCAUUUGUGUUGAAGGUGGAAUGGUACUUGCAGCAGCUACAGCAAUGUUCCAUGGUGUUGAUCCCAAAACGUCAUUUCUCAUUUGUGAGAGCUUGUUAUUUGCUUGGUGGAUGUGUGGAAUCUACACUGGUCUCUUUCGUCAAUCUCUGCAGACGAAAUAUCAUCUCAAGAAUUCGCCUUGUGAUCCAUGCCUUGUGCACUGCUGCCUGCAUUGGUGUGCCCUGUGUCAGGAGCACAGGGAGAUGAAGAUCCAUUUAUCUGAUUAUGCUAAUACAUCCACGACCAUCGUUAACCCUCCACCAGUACAGGAGAUUGUCAGCUGCAGGAAGCAUUUUUAA